AUGGUAGCAUGGGAACAAAGACUACGAGUAGCGCAACAAACAAAAGUACUAGUAGAAGAAGAAGCUUUGAUCCAUAGAGAUGUGUUGGAGGCGAUAAUCCUCACCUGCCUGACACUGCUGGAGCUGGUGGUGGCCUCUCGUGUUUCCAAGGCAUGGCAAGGCUACGUCUCCACCUCCCUCUCCAUCUCACCUCGUCUCAAGCCCUGUAAGACUGAAGACUCCCAAAAUCUCCUCUAUACACUCUCCACCACCGGAUUCUUCUUCUCCUCCGACCCCUUCGACCUGACUUGGCACCAUGUGGGACAGCCACUUGUGUGGUGUGAGAACCCCAUCAUCACUCGUCACGGCUCCCGAGUCUUCGUCGCUAGUGGCACAUGCAACUUCUUCGAUGACGGCCCACUCGCUAUCGAGAUGUACGACAUCGUCUCCGAGAGAUGGGAUAAGUGUCAAUCCAUGCCAUUCUUGCUCAAGGACUCUGCCAGAGUUGUAUGGCAUCUUCUCCACUUGAGUUUGGUUGCAGAGGGGUGA